AUAGGUCUCAGAUAGGAUAUCUCUAGUAACCUACAAUCAUUUUUAUUUUAUUUUGGUUGCAAAAAACUAGAGCAUUUUCUAUCCCAAAUAAAAAACAAAAAAAAAAAAAGAGAGAGAAGAUGGAGAAAUUUGUUUGUGGUGCUUUAACUAUGGCAAUUUUGCUACAAGUUACAAUAGCACAAACAGAUCAUAUAGUUGGGGAUAGCUUUGGUUGGUCUAUACCAAUUAAUGGCGCUGCAGCUUACACAAUGUGGGCUGAUGCAAAUACAAUCAAAAUUGGUGACACCUUAGUUUUCAAAUUUACGGAAGGAAACCAUGACGUACAAGAAGUAUCAAGAAGUUCAUAUGAAGAGUGCAAUACACAAAAUUCUAUAGGUGAAGCAAUCAAGAAAGGGCCUGCAAAAAUCACUAUGCAAACUCUUGGGGAUCAUUAUUACAUUUGCACAGUUGGUGAGCACUGUUUAGCUGGUCAAAAAAUGGCAAUUAAAGUUUCAAGCUCUAAUUCCUCAGCCUCAAAUACUCCGGCAGACACCACUCCACCUCCUCCAUCUUCCUCAACUGUCGUGUUUGCGAGUUUUCUGAUAAGUUUAUCUUCAAUUGCACUCGCCAUUUUUCUCUAAGCAGAUUUAUAUAGGUUUAUGCUCAACCUGAUGACAUGCUGUAUAGUACACAUAAUUUUGAUUCAGUUUGGGUUAAAUUCUACUAUUUUGAAGAUUUUUGCCAAAUCUUCUGCACACUACUUGUAAUGCUAAUUAAGUGUGUAAUAAUUUAGAGACAAAGAUAUAUAUAUACUGAUUAAUAUUCAAUCUUGAAUCAACUGUCUGUAAUUUGAAAUU